AUGGUCAAGGCAUCCGGACACGAUAUCAACGUGGACUGGUGGGCGCUUGGCGUUUUGGUCUUCGAACUGUUGGCUGGAAAGGCGCCUUUUGAGUCGGCAUAUCCUUUCCAGACCUUCGUGAAGAUCAACAAGGGCAUAGAAAGAGUGAGAUUCCCGGCUUUGCUGAUGGGCUCUGCGGAAGAUCUCAUCAAGGGGCUGUUGCGUGAGAUUCCGGAGAAGAGGCUUCCGGCACAGACAGGAGGCUUGUCAAACCUCUGGAAGCAAAGCUGGUAUGCAGGUUUCGACCAUAACGCUAUGAAGAAUCGGAGCCUUACCCCGCCCUACAAUCCGCCAGUGCGGAGCAACAGAGAUCUAGCCAACUUCUAUUGCAAUGUGGACGAACAUCCGAGGGAGCUGCCAUACCAGGAUCCUGGGAAUGGAUGGGAUGACUUCUUUGCCAGCUGCUGA